AUGGACGACCGUUUCGACUCCCACGUGGCGGUCGGUCGGAGCGUGCCACAUUCUAGGAAUUACCACGGUGGUUUAGUAGGCGGCGCUUCUGGCGCGGCGAGCGCCGGACCGCCGGCGAUGAUUGCGACGAGCAGAUUGUCGUGCUCCGUCGCUGGCUGUUGUGUUGCAAGUGUGGACUCGCCGUACGGCGGAGGAGCCGCGAACUCCGCCGCUUUCGGCGCUUAUUACAGCGCCGCUUACGGGUACUCGUUUGGCAGCUCUCCCAUUCUCUCGGCGACACACGGCCAUGCCCAGGAGCCGGCCGAUCAGCAUCAGCAACACCUCAAUCAGUUCGACCGUGACGUGCGGCAGCAGCAGAGCGGUUACAUUGGCGCCCGAGGCGCGCCUUCUGCGCUACGCAGCUCAAUUCCCCUCCACGACGGGUCCCGCGUCGCCAACGGGUCGAUGAGUCAAGUUCCUGACAUCAGGCAAACCGGAUCGUACGGCGCGCCGCAAUCCAUGGCGCAUUCCGCCGCAUUCCUCGUUAUGGGGGAGGAUCAGGCGAGCAUCGCCGCCGCCGCGAUGCGACCAGUAAUUGCCGCAUCAGGCGCACAAGGGUAUCACGCGAAUGGCGUCGAGCGCAGCGAUCUUUCGCAAGCAGCGCAUCCGUCGGAGAAGCUUUCGGCCCUGCCGAUUCACCUCCCCGCCGGCAAUUCGACCGGCAUGCCGUUCCUGCCGCAUUUCUCGGGGGUCCCCGUCGACGCGCACGCGCUGGCCCAGGCGCAGCAAGCGGGGAUGAAGCGCAAGCUGGUGAGCGGCGGGAAGGCGGCGAGCGGAGUAAGCGGAGUGAGCGGAGCCAGCGGAGCGAAGAGGCAGAAGGACGGCGCAGGGGCGGACGCGAGUCACAGCACGUGCAGCACCAUCACUGCCAGCGGCGGUGGCGGCAGCAGCAGCAGCGACGGCGAGCAUCCCGACGCGCAUUCCCCGCGAUCCGCGCAUGCCAGCGCAACGACCGCGCACGCCUCCAAUUCCGCCUCCCCCGGGGCUGCGGUCUCGUCCGGUUCUCCCCCGCCCGCGAAGCACGCCAGCAGCUGCGUGUUCCGGGGCGUGCGGCAGCGGCCGUGGGGCAAGUGGGCAGCCGAAAUUCGCGACCCGACGCGCGGCGUGCGCGUGUGGCUGGGAACGUACGACUCGGCCGAGACGGCCGCUAAGGCGUACGAUGCUGCGGCGAGGGCGAUCCGCGGUGCGGCUGCUAUAACCAACUUCCCGUUGGCGGAUUGCGCGGCCGCUCCAGCUGUCGCUCCUUCGGACACACUUACUGCUCCUAUGCUCUCUGCUGCCGUUGCGCCUUCGUCUCCGGCUACCGCUGCCGCGUGCGACACGGCGCUCGUUCCCGCCAGAACCGCUGCUGCCCGGCUCGGGAGCAUCAACCUUAUGGCACCGCCGCCGCCAGCCAUGGCCAUGCACAGCCGUCAGGGCUCAUCAGGCAGCACUGUAGCCGCCGCCCCCGCAGCAGGCGCAGCCGCCAUGGCUAUACUGAGCGACGGGCAGCUGAUGAAGCCUACUGGAGUCGUCGUCCCCUCGGGGAAAGGCUCGCGCCGUGCUGCUGCGCUCCCGCGCAUUGCCAGCUGCACGUCGUGCGUGGCGGACGCGGAACCCGAAAUGGCCGCCCCCUCCGCGCCUCCUGUUCCGCCGCAGGCGCUGGCGGAGGUUGCGACGACUGCAGCUGCUGCUUGUGCGCGCGGUGGUGAGCUCAGCGGGUGCGCCCGCACCAGGCCGUACGCGGGGAGGAAGAGUGGUAAAUCUGGGAAGAACAAUGGCUCCGGCGGUGCUGCUGCUGCUGCUGCUGCUCCUGCUGUGGUGACCGGCACUGGUUUGGGCCAGGCAGGUUCAGCUAAGAUCGCUGCAGCAUCAUCAUCUCCGUCUGCCAUCACACGACCUGACAGCCCCUCUGCACUGCCAACGGUUGCUGCUGCUGUUUCCACGGCUGUUGCCCCACCUGCUGCUCCUGCUAAAACUGCUGGUGUCGGUGGUGCCAAUCUAGCCAAUCUUGCCCUAGACGACAUGCCGGCGGAAGCAUUGAGUAUCCCUGAUGAGGCAUUGAGUAAUGAGGAGGCUGCAGCGCUGCUGGAUAUGGAGGUGGCGUGGAGUCUAGACCUCGCGGAUUGCAUGGGGGGCAAUGACGCGGGGUUGUCGCUGCUGCUGGAGGGCAGUCUGACGCACAGCGCUAGCGUGCAGGAUCUUGAUGAGAUCUCGUGCGCGCUUUUCGACGGUGAGGAUGAGGCGCUGCUCAUGCAGGGCGCGUUUGAUCUGCCUGCGUGCUUCGGAGGGGAGCUGCAGGAAGUAGAGGAGGAGGGUGGAGAGGAAGAGGCACAGCAGGAGGGGGGGAAAGAGGAAGGUGGGCUGAUGCUGACUGCCUCUGUGAGGGUGAGUGGGUGGUCCGGUGGCAGCAGCGAAGAGGCAAUCCACUGCCAAAGCGGAAGCAAACAGAGUGUGGGAGAGGGGGACAAGGAACAGGAUGACCUUCUACCACACCUGCCGGAGGGGUGCUUGGAGGGCAUGGAUGGGUUAGAGUGCAAGGGAGGGUUGGAGGAUGGGGAUGGGUUUGGGGACGAUGACCUUCUGGGUGGGGAGUUGGAGCUGAUGGAUGCCUGGGAGGUGGAGGGAGUGUCGCUGGACUUUAUGGAUGAGCUCGAUAGCGUGCUGCUCAUGGGCAGUGGCUCGCACUCUGGCAGCAAUGCUGCCUCCGCUCUCACACAGUAG